AUGGAGUUUCCGGACCUCGGGGCUCACUGUUCCGAGCCAAGCUGUCAGCGCUUGGAUUUUUUGCCGCUUAAGUGCGACGCCUGUUCAGGCAUCUUCUGCGCAGACCAUGUGGCCUACGCCCAACAUCACUGUGGAUCUGCUUACCAAAAGGAUAUCCAGGUACCAGUGUGCCCACUUUGUAAUGUGCCUGUGCCUGUGGUCAGAGGGGAGCCCCCUGACCGAGCUGUGGGAGAGCACAUUGACAGAGACUGUCGCUCUGAUCCUGCACAGAAAAAACGUAAGAUCUUCACCAAUAAGUGUGAGCGCUCUGGCUGCCGGCAGCGGGAGAUGAUGAAACUGACCUGUGACCGCUGUGGCCGAAACUUCUGCAUCAAGCACCGUCAUCCACUGGACCAUGAUUGCUCUGGGGAGGGACAUCCUACCAGCCGGGCAGGACUUGCUGCCAUCUCCAGAGCACAAGGCCUGGCUUCUUCCACAGGCACCGUCCCCAACCCGAGUCAGACCUUGGCUUCAUCUACCUCUCCCAGCAGAGUCACAACCCAGUCUCCAUCCCGGACAGCCCCUCCAGUGAUUGCUUUGCAGAAUGGCUUGAGUGAGGAUGAGGCUCUACAACGAGCUCUGGAACUGUCAUUGGCAGAGACUAAACCCCAUGUUCCUAGUUCUCAGGAGGAAGAAGACUUAGCAUUAGCACAAGCACUCUCAGCCAGUGAGGCGGAGUACCGACGGCAGCAGGCCCCGAGCCACAGCUUGAAGCCAUCUACCUGCAGCCUGUGCUAG